AUUGCACAUGGCGCGUUCAUCGAGCUUUCCGCAAUCCGAGUUUUCUCGCACAUAGCAGUCGUUUUGCACGCAUCCCACCCUCCCCACCCAUCCCACUCAUUUCCCUUCCCACCCACCCCACUCCCCAACUCCGGUCCUUCAGCUGCCACGUGGCUCAUCCAGGGACCCUCCCCCAGGUGCCAGGUAUCAGGUGCGUGCAAGCCUCAGGCAUGGUAUGAUCCCUCGGAUGAGCCGCCGGUCGCUCUGCCAUCCCUCGCCAACCAUUGCACCCGUGCAUCGGUUUUGUUCCGCAAUUCGAGUUGCCUCUCACGCCUGGCAGUCGUUGAGCACCCCUCCCACCCACCCCUCCCCAUCCCCCAACCCCGGUCCUUCAGUCCAUGACGCUCCCGCUCCUUCACUUACCCACUUCUCUCUUCCCCCCCUUCCUCCCUCCUCUCCCGCCCAGCCCCCUUCCACCAGGUGGCAAGGAGCAGCGCCAAGGGGGUCACCGAGCGCAGAGGCGGGAGCAGCAGCAGCAGCAGCAGCCCUUCUCCAAUCUGCUCUCGUCGCCUUUCGUUCGCCUGUGCGCGUCUCACUGCCAUCCCUCCACCCCAUCUACCACUCGCUGCUCUUUUCCGCACUUGCUGCUCUGUGACUCAUCCAAGAGCCACCCCCCGGUAGCAGGUUCGGACUUUGGUAUCCCCCCCCCCAGGUUGCCAGGUUCCCCACCCUCCCAGGUGUAAGGUAAAACCUUCUACUCCUGGUUCGGCCUGUGGUUGGUUCAGACCGAGGUACGGCCUCUUGGGUGCGCCACAGCAGCUUCUGCAUCUCGCCUCCAUCGCUCGCCACACUUCCCUGCCUGUUUUCCGCCACUCCAACUCCGCCUCCCU